AUGAGUCAACUCAAUCUCCUCAAAUCUCUCAAGAGGGAUGAAGAUGUAUCUCAUCCAACGAAUCAAAUGGUUUAUCAUUAUACUUACUACCUCUUUGUAUGUUUAUCAUCUGAACAGUUUGAUCAGUCAGGUCGUGCGACUGAAGGCUUGGCUUUCAUCUUCCACCAUAGUGAGAGUUAUGCCGCCGAUGCCAUUAAAGCUUUCAAUGGAGCCUCCGCCAAAGGUCAACCAAUUGGAUUACGGUACGAAUUUGGUAUGCCCCUUUGGGUUUGCUCAUCACUAGGUUUGGUGCCCAAUAAAGGGCCUAGCUCGCUUCCGAACAAGGCUUCAGUUCUUCUUGGUCAGAUCAACCAUGAUCGCUUGACUAAAAGAUUCAACCCAUCACUGUACAAGACUGAUCGAUUCAAGAACCCGAGGUCUUCAUUCCCACCUACUGGACCUAGAGGAUCAGGAGGAGGUAGAUCAGGAAUGAAAAGUGCUAAAGAUCUAGAUAAAGAACUUGAAGCGUUUAUGGAUACUACACCUCAAAAUGAUUCAAAAAGUACAGAAUCUAAGAACGCUGGAGAUGUUCAAAUGGCAGAAUAA